AUGGGACACAAGGGACAUUCAAAAGCAGUCGAUCUUCAGUUGGGGGGCACGUGGCCCAUCAGUUGUGCCACCCUACCCACGGAACAUGCCGACUUGUACAGCAGCGCCUGCCUGAGGUGUGGUAACGUUGGGCACCGGGUAACUGAAGGCGCCAACAGCUGUCAGCAAACUUUGACUUUCGUGACUAAAAGAAAAACAGUAUUCGAACCCCGCCACCACGUAAAAGCAGCGCGAGACAUGGCACUUCUAACAACUGAACUACAUCGGUGCCCAUCUUUUAUUUUAACAAGCAAAUUUGUUGCGGAAGUCGUCGUAGGACUUUGUUGUAGUGGAACGCAAGUCCUGAAGCUACGUGUGGAAGGAUACACGUCGUCCAGUUCCAGUGAAAUGUUGAUCACUAGAUAA